AUGAAUAAUAUAGCUGCUUCUUUAUCGACCUUAAGCCGGGAGUACGAAACCUUGCUCAUCAAAGAUAUAAUCGAUGUGAUAUGGAAAAGAUUACGUCCUACAUCGUUUACCCCUGUGGAGAACUCAGUUGGAUUAGACUCAGGUGCAGGAGUCGAUGAUGUUCGCUUUAUAGGGACAUGGGGUAUGGGUGGGAUUGGUAAAACAACUAUGGCUAGAGUUGUUCGCGAGAGAAUCUCUCCUGAAUUUGAAUUCAGCAUAUUUCUUGAGAAUGUCAGAUAUAAUGUUCAAAAAGGUGGUCUAAUAUCCCAACAAAGAGAAAUUCUUUCAAGGAUAUCGAUGAAAACGAUUGACAUAUUUGAUGUUCAUGAAGGAUCCACAAUGAUUAGAAGAUUACUUCAUCACAAAAAGGUUCUUCUCAUUCUCGAUGAUGUGACCGACUCAGAUCAUUUAGAUUAUUUGGCUGGAAAUCAAGAGUGGUUUGGUUCUGGGAGUAGAGUUCUUAUUACAAUUAGAAAUGAGCAUUUGUUAAUUGAACAUGGAGUGAAGAGAAGAUUUCAGGUCAAACCUCUAAAUCAUGAUGACGCUCUUAAGCUUUUUAGUUGGAAAGCCUUUGGAAAAGACCACCCUGAAAAAAACUAUAUUGAAUGUCUAGCUGUGUUGUGA